CUACUAUGAAGUUUGUUUCGUGGCUUCCAGUGAUACAUGAACAAUAACAAAGAGCUGUUAAAAACGCUUUACGAAGAAAUUUAAGGACAUAUUGAAAGACUACAAAGCGAUGUCUUUGGACGCUUAUGGCUGAGAUUUUAAAUUUCGAGUCUUUAUUACGCAAAAUUGAUAAAAAGGACAAAAACACUAUGAUGAUAUAAUCAUGUAAUUUAAUUAAACCGGACUGCUGGAGGAGAUAGACAUUGUCGUAUUAUCUCCUAAACUGCAACAGAAGAAACUUUUUUCAUAAUCAUCACGGACAGCCACCACACGUAUUGUGUUUUGGAAGAUAACAUCGCUUUACUUAUGUGAUAACACCCACCGCUGUUUGGAGUAAACUAAGUUACAGCCUCAUACAAUUAUCAAAGUUACACGGGAACGUGAACUCUGAUGGACAGAUGAUGGCUGCAUCCAAACCUUCUCACUUCAUAGGGAAGAAAGAAGACAUCAAAGCUGGACGCCUUGUGAAGUCAGUCGGCGGAAGAGAUGUUCUCGUUCUUUACCACCAGGGGGAGUUUUAUGCCAUGGAUGUUCGCUGCUACCACUCUGGAGGUCCUCUGCACAAAGGAGAUAUUGAGGAGUUUGAUGGACGGAAAUGUAUAGUGUGCCCAUGGCAUAAGUAUAAAAUUACAUUAGCUGAAGGUGAGGGACUCUAUCAGGCAGUGGACCCGUUUGUGAAGCCUCUGAAACCAACCUGGUGCUCUAAAGGGAUCAAACAAAGAGUCCACAUAGUGACAGAAUCCAAUGGAGAUCUUUACCUCACCUUAAAUGACUCGUCAGAGGCCAUUGACUCAGAUUUUUACCAAACUGAGAAAUACAGAGACACUUUUAUGAAAGAAGGAAUGAAGAAAUAAAAGUGACCCCAGUGGAAAAGGCAUGAGGUAAAAGAGGGACACCAGUCUCAGUUGACCAAAUGGGUUUGAAUGUGAAUAAUAGAAAAUAUAUAUUUAUGUUAUCAGAAAAAGCUGUGUUUGUUAGCUUUUAAUGAGAUUUAUGUUUAUGUAAUUUAUUCAGUGAAAAUGUAGUUUAUUUAUAUUACUUUGAUGUUUUAAUUAUUUAUAAUGUUCAUACCACUUAGCAGUCAUAUUAAGGAUCUUGCAUGCAGUUUCAUUUUUUUUGUCUAAGUUGAUGUUGUUUCUGAUAACCUUGUAUCACAAUUGUUUAAUAAAUGGUCAAUAAUGA